AAAAGAAAAGAAGGGAAAGAAAAAGAAGAAAAAGGAAAUACCCAUUAGUACCUCUCUUCCUGUUUUGGCUGUCUUCGCUUUGCUUUCCAUGUAAGCCCCUUGGGCUGCUUUUCCACCCCUUCUUGUCUCUUCAUGAAAUUUGCAUCACAGGAGCCCCUCACAGGCUUACACUCUGUUCUGUCUAGCAUUCUUUCACAUGUAGUGUCCAAUUGUAAUGCAUUGUGUUUUUGCUCUUUUUGUUCUAACCGUUUCUUAGAUGAAAACAUUUCAGGCCAUCCUGUUUGCAUCAUUUUUAAGGUAAUCUUUUGAUACUUUCUUUACUAAUGAUCUUAUUAUUUCUGAAGAGUCUCUAGAAAUAGGUUCUUGUAAAUUUCCAGCUUUUGUCUUUGUUGUCUAAGGGGUUGGAUGCAAAUGGUCUAAAUUGUUUAUUCAUCCUCAUUAUAUAGUUGUUGAAAACUGAAACCUUCCUGCAUAGGAAGAAGAGAGAUAUUAUGUUAGAAUUGAUAGUAGGUUUAAUGCAGUAGAGUUUUCCUUAACUUGUCAUGGGGUCUAUCGGUAACCCAAGAACCUGGGUGCCAUACAUGAACACCAAAGACUGCUCUCAAGGUUUUUGUAGCUUGUAUUGUCCACAAUGGUGCUACAUCAUUUUCCCUCCUCCACCUCCCAUAGAAUUUCCUGAUGAUGAUUCAGGCCCAAAUUUCUCCCCUCUUGUGAUUGCAAUCAUUGGCAUUCUGGCCAGUGCUUUUCUUUUAGUAAGUUACUACACAAUAAUAUCUAAAUAUUGUGGGAAUGUUGACCCAUCAAGAAGAAGAGAGAAUCAUGACCCUGGUGAAGUAUUGGAAGACAAUCACAGCCCAUCUGUGCAUGAGCCAUGGCAGACUUCAACAACCGGUUUGGAUGAGGCUUUGAUCAAGUCGAUUACAGUAUGCAAAUACAAAAAGGGUGAUGGUUUGAUUGAAGGAACUGAUUGCUCUGUUUGCCUCAGUGAGUUCCAAGAAGAUGAGAGUUUAAGGCUUCUGCCAAAAUGUAGCCAUGCUUUCCAUGUCCACUGCAUUGAUACAUGGCUUAGGUCUCACUCAAAUUGCCCUUUGUGCCGUGCUAAUAUAAUCUUUAUUAGUGCUUCACCACUUCCAUUGCCACCUGCAGUGACAGAAAGUCCUCCAGGCAAUGAAUCUUUGCAGGAUAGGCAACCCGUGACAAACGAAUAUGCAGCUGCUGCACAAGACUCAGGAAGGAGGAGUAUGCAGGAGGUAGACAGAUUUCAGAGUGAUCUUAGUCGAUUGCCAAAAACCCCAUCGCGUGCUUUCAGCGAUUUAGGCAACGCGCAAGGAAGGGACAGCGUGAUUGAGAUUAGAGAAGAAAGUUAUCAACAGAUGAGAAGAUCAGUUUCCAUGGAUCAUCCAUGUCAAAGCCAACUUUCAGUUGCUGACAUUUUGCAUAUGAAUCAAGAGGAAGACAGCAGAGUCGAAGAGUGCCACUUCUCAUCAGGUAUUGCCGGAUCAUCGAAACAAUCAGCGGAAGGCAGUAAGCUUAGCAAUAAAAUGAGGGUGUUGCACUGUGUAAUGAACCCUGUUGCAAUGAAGAGAUCCUUUUCCAGUGGUAGAUUCUUUCUCACUAGGCAAGGAAGAGUAAGAGAUCCAGCUAUUCCUCUCUAAAUAUAGCUUUCUGACAGAAACCGAUCAUAUUCAUAGCAGUAUAAUCAUGAAGAGGUAAAGAGAUUUUGUGUGACUGUCUUACAUUUAUAUCUAUUUAUUGAUGUAGAUACUCUGUUAGCCUAAGUAAGGACUAUAUAUUAAUCUUCUUAUGAAAUCCAAAGACAUCUCAAUGUGUAAUUUGUCAGUAAUAUUUCUUUCUUUUUCCCA